CACACUACCUAUAUAUAUGCUACUACUAUAGUACGAUUAUCGUAUUGGGGUCAUAGCUCAGUGGUAGAGUGAGGGAUUGCAGCUCCCCAGGUCACUGGUUCAAAUCCGGUUGGCCCCUUUAUUUUUUACGAACCAUUUUAUCAUUUUGAGAAAUGAACCUGAUAAAAUGGCAAACCAAAGGCUAUUUCCUUUCGACUUAAAAUCAAGUGUAUGUGCUAGUGUGGAUGAUGUCUACCUAAUUUUGACAUCCUACUUGCACCCAGUUCGUUCGUAUGCCAAGAAUGGUCCCAAUUAGACUGCAAAGAAUCAGCAUUAACUGAUUAUUUACGUGUUUCAGGAACCUGAUUCGAACCAACAUCAAUUUCGUCAAAUAAAGGAAGAAUAGCGAGUAGAGUGUCAUAUAUGUUAAUUAUGAACGAUUUUUAAUUUUGCAGAAGAAUUCUUCCAUCAUUAAUUUGAUAUACUUAUACUUUUACUAAGUAAAUGUCCAUGAAUCCGUUGUGGUCCAACGGCUAGGAUUCGUCGCUUUCACCGACGCGGCCGGGGUUCGACUCCCCGCAACGGAAACUUUUUUUACAGUCUUUUCUUUAUAUUUUGUUCUUUAUUGCUUAUAUAGAAAGAGCGAUGAAAGUUGCAUUGAAGCUUUUAAUUGCGCCUUUCAAUCUCUCAUUAUUGAAUGUUCCUUAUAGCCUGUUUCCUUAUUUCUCGCUACCAACUAGAAGGAAGUUCGCUGUUCUAAUGAAUGCCAUUGAGUAAAUAGCUACAUCGAAUAGGCCGUUUCGUGAUACAGAGGACUCUUGGUCUUUCCUUUUUUUCUAAAAAAAAAAAAAAAAAAAAAGGAGUGAUUUCUUAGUUAGAGCUACAAUAUCUUUGGUUGUAUAUUCAGGCGUAGGCGCCAGAGGGCUUGGUGAAAGUAAAGCAAUUCCUUUAUGCUAAAUUGAGUUGCCAUAAGCUCACUUAACCUAUUUCAUUGCAAAUGAUUUGACCUAAGUGAACAACUAAACAUACAGCUCGUUAUUUAUAUUAAAAGGAAUUGUUCAAUCAUAGACAACAUCAGUCUUCUCAAGAACGUAGGAGGUUUUCGUCAGAAUGAUUCUCUCCCUUUAUACUUUCCAUUUCUAAUAAUUCUCAGAUAUUUUUAUUAACUUAUUUAAUUUCUGACGUACGCUUCUAAGUUAUGGUGACUACUUGCACUGAAGUCGAAAGUAAAUUUCUCUGACGCUUGUGUUCGAUUCUUUUGAGGAUAAUACUCGUUUAGAGAUGUUCUAGAAUCUCUUCUUUCAAUUGCUAUCGUGGAUUCUUGUGAACUAUUUGAGCACCUUCUUAGGAAUGCUGCUUUGCAACUCUUCAGCUCAGAUGUUCACUAACUCUUAUCCACUUAAAAAAGCAAUUGAGUGUGUUCUAAGUCAAAUAUAAAAGUUGUUUAUGAUCCGAUCCUUACUUUUUUACAAGUUUUUUGAAUCUAACUCGUUCGUUACCUUUCAGUACCAAAUAUGCGUUUCGUUUAAAAUGCGCUUUUGGAUAUGGGGGGUAUUUGCGAGGAUUCAUCUGAACGGAAGCUAGAAUUAAAUACAACUAAAUACCAUACAUUUCUUACCUCAUGUUCCGAUAUAUGUGACAAGCUUCAUAUCUUCCUUGUUUCCUGAGAUAUUCAGAAAGUAAAACUUUGUUAUCUUAGUCAAUGUUGAAAUAGUCGUGAUUUUGAAUGGUAUUGAUUUCAAUAUAAUUCAACUUGAAAGGACGAUAUAUAACGAUGUUUAUUUUCCUGAUGUUCGUCAACGAUUCGUUAUAACAUUAUGCGUCUACCACAUGGAAAAAUAUCAUUUAUAUGAAAAAUUUUUUAUUCAUUCUUUAUUAUUUUCUGAUUUAGUCUUCUCAAACUUUUCUCAAUAAAAGAAAACGAAAUCUUCUCUAAAACGAUAUGCCUCGAAAUAUAACGAUAUCAGUCCUGGAAUAAAGGUAGGGACGAACCGUUCAGAGCUAUAUCGUCUCGCUUCUUAAUUAAAGAGUACUUUACUUUUUGAGUUUUCACAAUCGUUUUCUUAAAAAUUUUUCUUUUCUUAUAUUCGAGACUUCAUUUUUCGCUAUAUUUCCAUCUCUAAAACAGAUUGCCAUUCAUGUCUUCUUCGCGUGCAUUAACCAACUUUCUCACAAGAUUUAAAGGGAAACCGCAUACACCGGAAUUUCGAGCAUAUUGCUACAAUAAAGAAAAACCGGUGUCCUUCCUCCAUGAUGUACCUUUAUUUUCAAAAGAAGGAACCUUGAAUAUGGUUGUGGAAAUUCCUCGCUGGACGCAGGCAAAAUGUGAAAUUUCAAAUACAAUUCCUUUCAACCCGAUAGUUCAUGAUAUGAAGAAUGAGAAAAUUCGGUAUGUACAAAACUGUUUCCCGUAUCACGGUUACAUAUGGAAUUAUGGAGCAUUUCCCCAGACAUUUGAGGAUCCAAAUAAGUUGGACGCACACACCAAUUUAAAAGGAGAUGGUGAUCCAAUUGACGUAUGUGAAAUUGGAGAAGCCAUUGGACAUCUCGGAGAAAUCAAACAAGUCAAAGUUUUGGGGGCGUUGGCACUUUUGGAUCAAAACGAAACAGACUGGAAAAUUCUGACCAUCGAUGUCAAUAAUCCCAUGGCAAACAGUCUUAAUGACAUCGACGAUGUUAAAAAACUCAUGCCUCGUUUGUUAACAUGCACCCGUGAUUGGUUUGCAGUAUAUAAACUUCCUGAUGGUAAACCAAGGAAUGUAUUUGGUCUUUCUGGGGAAUUUCUUCCAAAAAGUAUUGCUAUGGAAAUCAUUAACGAAUGCCAUGCUAGCUGGAAAACAGGCUCACAGAGAGCUGACUAUAUUAAUUCGUUCCAGGAAAAUUCUGAAAAAGCUACAAGAAUUACCCAGGCUGUAGAUGAAAUGCAGGAAAGCCAGUUGCCAAAAAGUUUUGCUUUUCCCUCAUCAGGCUAUUAUUAUCAGUUACCUGAAUAGGCCUUUUUGAGACAGUUUCCUCUAACAUAUUCCCAUGCCGUAUGACAUUGUUUUGUUUUUUUUUAAAUGUUUUGCAUAUCCCCGAGUCUUUCCAUGGUUGCAGUAUCUUUUUUUUUUCUUUUUUGGAGUACUAAUAUCAUAAUUUAAAUGAUUUUUGCGAUCGUGUAAGGAGUUUCAAACUAAACUGCGUUGCUCGUAAAUAAAGGCAUCCUGCUCUCACGAAAUGACAGGACUGGGUUUACGAAAGGAACAAUUUCCUCAGCGUGGGUAGUUCCUGGUUCAUUAGUCAAGUCAUCCAUGUUGUAAAAAUCAGCUGAGUGAUUCCUACGCUUAUUAUGCUUUCUGCUAUAGUCUUCAUUACAGAGAGGGCACGAUGCUUUUGAUGUAGUCAUCCAUGUGUCUAUACAUUGAGCGUGGAAAAUGUGCCUACAAGGAAGGAGACGUAAGUAGUCAUCAUAGUCAUAAUUUGCAUAACAGAUUGUGCAAAAAUCCUCCUCGUCUUCUUCUUGGUUUACACCAUCUUCUCUAAAGCAACUCCCCUUUGCUUGGUCACAAGUGUUUUUUUCAUUGUAAGGUUUCGAUUCGGUGGAGUCGUUUUCCGAACAUUUGGUGCCGGUUGAAUUCAUCGACAUUCCUAAAAGAAAAGGAUCUUUGUCGAAUGUAGGUGGAGCUUUAUCAAUUGGAAGGUUAUCACAUUGUACAUUUUGUUUAUUUUGCUCUGUUCUUCUCUGGUAAAGCCAAUCUCUGUAAGUCAUUACUGAAGAUAAGUAGCCCAAUUCGUUUUGGGACAAUGUGGGAGGCUGUUGCCUAUGGCGAGGGAUAUUAUACCCUAACAUAUGAUGAAGUCUUUCCGUUGGGAACGCUGUAGGAGGCCUUGAAUUGCUCAUUCUGUUGGUCCGAAUUAGAGGAAGUACAUCAUCGUCUUCUUCAUCAAAGUCGAGAAAAUGAAAGCAAGUCAGGCAAUAGCGACAGAGGUAAAUUAAUAUGAGGUUAAAGAAAAUAACUGAAAAUAUAAUGGCGACCGCAAAUGGCAAGACAUCAUUAUUUCCUUCUGGAGGAAUAUCUUCAUUUACUGUCAUGGAGUUAUAGUUCUCCAUCGCAAUCUUUUGUGUCUAUUGCAAGAACGGCAGAAUAAUCUUUUGCAAUAAAUUUAAAGGAAUUUUAAGAUUCGAAUUUACGUAGACAUGUAUGAUAAAGCACUCAGUGAAAGCGAUGCUCAUUCCUCCCUUUCUACCAAGACUUGUAAACAAACAAGCAACCACGAAAUACAUUUUAGAGGAAGGAAGAUUGUAAAGAAUAAGAACUAAAAAAUAAAAUAAAAUAAAAUAAACAUAAACGUC